AUGAUGAUGAGUAUGAUGAUGAUAGAAUGUCCAAAAGGAACGGAAGAUUUUCGUGCAAAUCAAUGUGCUCGAUUUAAUCCUAUCCCAUUUGAAGGACGAUAUUACAAUUGGUUACCAUAUUAUACAGCUGAUGGAAAUCCAUGUGAAUUGAAUUGUAAACCGGAAAAUGAACGUUUCUAUUAUCGUCAUUCGAAAAAAGUAAUCGACGGUACACGUUGUUAUGAUGAUGAUUCAAAUAAUAUCUGUUUGGAUGGUGUUUGUAUUGAAUUGGGUUGUGAUCGUGCACUUGGAUCAAAUAUUAAAGAAGAUAAUUGUCGUGUAUGCGGUGGUGAUGGUUCUACUUGUCGCCGAGUAUCUGGUGUUUAUCAACAGAAUCAAGGUUUACGUACUGGUUAUAAUGAUAUUUUAUACAUACCGGCUGGAUCAACUAACAUCACCAUACAAGAAGUUAUGCCAACAAAUAAUUAUCUAGCCAUUCGAAAUGAUAAAGGUAGAUAUUAUUUGAAUGGAAAAUGGAAAAUACAACCUCCAGCUACAUAUGAAAUUGCUGAUACAAAAUUUCAUUAUCAACGAGCUCGUCGAUAUGAUAAUGUUCCGGAAAAAAUUCGCGCUUUAGGACCAACUAAAGAACCUUUAUUCAUUCAGUUAAUAUAUCAAGAACCAAAUCAUGGUAUUUCAUAUGAAUAUUCUGUUCCAUUGGCAAACGAAAAUCAAUAUGGUGGUGAAAUACCAGUUCUUAACGUUAUUGAAACUAAAUCUAGCAAUGGUAGAAGAAGAGGAUAUCCCAGAUAUGUUUGGAUUUUUGGUGAUUAUUCGGAAUGUUCAAAAUCGUGUGGAACAGGUGUACAACGACGAAACGUCUAUUGUGCGUCAAUGAAUACUAGAACCGGUCAACAGGAACGAGCAUCCGAUUCGCUUUGUGAUUCAUCGAAACGACCACCAGAUACACGUCCUUGUCAUAAUGAAAAAAAAUGUACACCACAAUGGAAAUUUAGUGAUUGGAGUGAAUGUUCAUGCGUUCAUGGUAUACGUUAUCGAAACGUUUAUUGUUCAUCCGGUGAUUCGGAUAUUUGUCCAGCCGCUGAAGGAUCAACUGAUAUUCUACCGGAUUCUCAUUGUGCCACGAACAAUCAAACAAGACCGGAAAAUAUACAAAAAUGUCAACCAGAUUCGCCGGAUCAAUGUCCCGAAUGGAUUUUUGGUGAAUGGACAAAGUGUGACGCACAUUGUGGUGUAGGUAAACAAACUCGUAAAGUUCGUUGUGGCCGUAAACCUCGUUCACAAAUGGAUUUGACUGCAACAACUACAGUAUCUACUAUACUUGAUUCUGAAUCGGAAACAACAACUGUUACAUCAACAGUCAUCACGACUACAGAGAAUUCUAUUGAUCAAGAAUUACAGCCAGCAAAACGUGAAACAUUAGCAGAUUGUGAUGACGAUAAUAUUGAAUAUGUUGAAGAAUAUCUUUGCGAUCUAAAUAAUAAACCACCAGAAGAACAAUCCUGUUCAUUACAACCUUGUGAAGAUCUUGGAUCAGUAGAAUGGGUUACAUCACCAUGGUCAUCAUGCGAUAUUGAUUGUGCAGCACAAGUACAAACUCGACAAGUUGUUUGCAUUUCUCGUGAUGGACAAGUAUUUCCCGAUAAAACAUGCGUUGAACUUCGUGGUGAGCGACCAGCCGAUCGACAAGAUUGUACCGAUGGUUCAGUCUGUUCACAAUCAUUGUGGUUUACUUCAGAAUGGAGUAAAUGUACCGGUGCUUGUACAGGACAAGGUAUGCAAACUCGUCACAUUUUUUGCGGCCAUAUCGAUGACAAAGGCAUGGUCAUCAAAGAUGAUGAUGAAAGUAAAUGUCAAAAUGAAAUGAAACCACCAAAAGCUACAGUUUGUGAAUUAGAAACAAAUGAUGAUCAGUGUUCAAAAGGUCAAUGGUUUAGUGGUCCAUCUGGUCCAUGUAAUGUAAUUUGUGGCGGUGGUAAACGAAUUCGUAAACGUUUCUGUUUGAAAACUGUAAAAAAUAAUCAAUCAAUCGAGAUUGAUUCAAGUGAAAGUUGCGAAGAAAAUGAAUCAACAAAUUUAAUUUCGGAAUCUGAACAAUGUAAUAUUGAAGCAUGUGAUCCAGAUCAAUUAGCAAUGAUGGUCGAUUGUAAAGAUACUGAGUAUGGCUGCUGUCCGACCGAUAAUUCUACACCGGCUGAUGAAACUUUAAGUAAUUGUCCAACGAUUACAGCUGAAUCGAUCGAAAGUUGUUCACAAUCUGAAUAUGGAUGCUGCCCUGUUGCCAAUGCUGAUGAUAAAGAUGAAUUUGAAAAUAGUCGAAAUCUAACUCUAGCUUUAGGUCCAUAUGGAAUUGGAUGUCCGAUUCAUUGUUCGAAUACACAAUUUGGUUGCUGUCCGGAUAUGAUAACUGUAGCGAAUUCGAGUGAUCUAUCAGAAUGUCCAAUGUCAUUAGAAGAAACAACAACAAUGAUGACUACUACAAUGGAACCGACAACAACAAUGAUGACAACCAUUGCCGAAUUUGAGCAGACAACAUUAUCAACUGAUACUAUUCCAAUUGCUGGUUUAUCAUUUGUGAAUUGUUCGGAUGAAGAUGAUCCAUCAUUAUGUAGCAUGUCUACAACAUCGGCAAAUCUAGUUAGAGAUUGUUCACGAUCAAAAUUCGGUUGCUGUCCAGAUGGUUGGAAUGAAGCUCAAGGACCAAAUGGAGAAGGAUGUGAAGAAGGAAGUGGCGAUAUAAGUACAUUUUUGGCUAGUACAAUCGAUUCAGUGAUGAAUCUAUUUGUUACAAGCGAAGCUCCAGUCACUGGUGAUGAUAUCGAUUGUAGUCUCACAGAAUUUGGAUGUUGUCCAAAUGGAAAAAAGAAAGCUAUUGGCCCAAGAUACUAUGGAUGCACCUGUCAUGAUUAUCCAUUCGGCUGUUGUCAAGAUGAAUAUACACCAGCUUCAGGUGAAAAUCUCGAAGGUUGUCUUUGCGAACGAAUGCUAUAUGGUUGUUGUGCUGAUGGUCGUACACCGGCUAAAGGUCAAAAUCGUGAAGGUUGUGAUUGUACAUCAUCACCAUAUGGAUGCUGUUCGGAUAUGUUUACAUUUGCAAAAGGACCAAACUAUCAAGGCUGUCCAUGUGAUACACUUACGUAUGGAUGUUGUCCAGGUAGCCAGAUUCCUGCACGUGGACCAGAUUUUACAGGUUGUAGUUGUGCUGAUACACCAUUUGGUUGUUGUGCUGAUGGUAUUACAGUUGCGUAUGGUCCAAAAUUCGAAGGUUGCCCAUCUGGAUUGCCAUUGGAUAUGAAAUUGAAUUCAGAAGUCUGUAAAUUACCCAAAGAAUCGGGACCAUGUUCAAAUUUUUCAGUUCAAUGGUUUUUUGAUAAUGAAAGUGGCCGUUGUAAUCGAUUCUGGUAUGGUGGAUGUCAAGGAAAUGGAAAUCGUUUCAGUUCACAAGAACAAUGUGAACGUUCAUGUGUAAAACCAGAAGGUCCUGAACGAUGUCUGUUGCCAAAAAUAUCUGGUCCUUGUAAUUCAUCAUCAGAAGCAUAUUAUUAUGAUGAUGAAACAAAACGUUGUGAACGAUUCUUGUAUGGUGGAUGUUUGGGCAAUACGAACCGUUUUGAAACAAUGGAACAAUGUGUACAGACUUGUAUCUAUCAGGAAACAGCAUUAGAUCAAUGCGAUCAACCACCACAACCUGGACCUUGCCGUGGAAGCUAUACACGAUGGUAUUAUCGUCGUGAAGAAGGUCGAUGUCGUGAUUUUAGCUACGGUGGUUGUCACGGAAAUCUAAAUAAUUUCCAAACUGAAGAUGAAUGUCAAAGUGCUUGUGCUUCACGUACACCAUUCGAAAUUUGUGUACUACCUGUUGCUCAAGGUUCAUGUUUAGGUUCAUUUCCACGUUGGUUUUUCGAUUCUCGUAUUGGUCAAUGUCAUGAAUUUACUUAUUCCGGUUGUGGUGGUAAUAAAAAUCGGUUUAUUGAUCGUGUUUCUUGUGAACAACUUUGUAAUCAAACUAUACCGGAUUAUUUCUAUCCAACUCAACGACAACCAUAUGAUCAACGACAGCCAUCAUAUCCGUAUUCAGAUCGUGAUAAUGAAAUUGUGCCCGUUGUUCCACCAUCUUCAUAUGAAAGUGUCUGUGCUUUACCACAAGCUCAUGGAAAUUGUCGUGAUAAUAUUAUACAAUGGUAUUUUGAUAUUAAUACACGUCGUUGUGAACGUUUCUAUUAUAGUGGAUGUGGUGGUAAUGAUAAUCGUUUUAAUGAUCAAAUACAAUGUGAACAAAAAUGUUUAGCAUAUGCAUCACAGAUUACACCGAUGAUGCAACAUGAUCCAUGUUUAGAACCAAAAGAUCUUGGUGAUACUCAAUGUCAAGAUUAUCGUCAUCGUUGGCAUUAUGAUGUUGAAGAUCGACGUUGUCAUCGAUUCUAUUAUUAUGGCUGUGGUGGAAAUCGUAAUAAUUUUGAAACUGAAGAAGAAUGUUCUGCUCGAUGUGUUUUACCAAGAGAACGUGGUAGUCAACAACAACAACAACAAGUGAUUAGAUAUGGACAACGAUUACCGACACAUUCGGAUGCUGAAUUGCAUGGUAUAACAUCGAUUGAAGAAUUUCAUCCAGAAAAUUGUUUCAAACAAUAUGAUUCUGGUCCAUGUGAAAAAAAUCAUAUACAAUGGCAUUAUGAUAGUCGUGAUGGUGUUUGUAAAGAAUUCAUCUAUGGUGGAUGUGAAGGUAAUGAAAAUCGUUUUCAUUCACAACAAGAAUGUCAAACAAAAUGCUGGAAUUCGCAGGAUAUCUGUAAAUUACCACAAAUACGUGGUUCAUGUACUGGAAAUUUUACACAAUUUUAUUAUGAUCAUCAAAGUCAAGAAUGUUAUGAAUUUCAAUUUAGUGGUUGUUAUGGUAAUGCUAAUCGAUUUAAUUCAAAAGAAACCUGUGAACAACAAUGUCGAACUGAUUAUCCGAUGUCGAUUGUUUCGCAACAACAAUCAUCUCAAACGACACCUGUUGAUCAACAUCAUCAACAACAACAACCGCAGCAACCACAGAUUUCAGAUGUAUCAAUUGUUAAUGAAACACAUUUGGAUCGAUGUCAUCAACCAAUGGCUAAAGGUCCAUGUCGAGCAUAUUUUGUACAAUAUUAUUAUUCUGCUGAAGAAAAUCGCUGUCAAAUGUUUAUCUAUGGUGGUUGUGAUGGUAAUGAAAAUCGUUUUGAUAGUGAAGAAGAUUGUGAAAAAGUUUGUAAAACUACACCUAGCGUACGUGAAGAUGAAGAAGAACCACGUGAAGGUAUUGAUCUACCAGAAGUUGUAUGUUUGUUAAAAAUGGAACAAGGAUCAUGUCAUGAAACAAGAGCAAAAUGGUGGUAUGAUCCAAAUAGUCAUACAUGUUUUCCAUUUGUCUAUAGCGGAUGUAAAGGUAAUAAGAAUCGUUUUGCCGAUUUUGAUAGCUGUAUUCGAUUCUGUUCGGGUGUAUCACAUCAACAACAAUCACAAUAUCCUCCAACCCAUCAAGUUAUCUAUCCAGCACCUACACCAAUUCAAGAACCAUCAAGACCCGAACCAACAUAUCCAUAUAUACCUCAGACAUCUAGACCAUUACCAACUCAUGAACAACCAGUUCAUCCUGGAUGUGUACCAAUGGAAUGUCAAGAAGAAAAUUGUAUACUCGGAAUCGAUUACUAUCAUGAUCAUCGUGGUUGUCCGGUUUGUCGUUGUGUUAAUCCAUGCAAUGAUAUUCGUUGUCCAGAAGAAAUGAAUUGUGCUGUAGAAUUAUUCCGUGAUGAAGUUACGGGCAAAAUUCGUGCAAAUGCUGAAUGUCGAUUGCGAGUAAAACCAGGUCAAUGUCCUAGAAACAUUCAUAUUGUACCGGAAUCUGAACGUGAGCAAUCGCUCGAAUGUUAUGAUCAAUGUCGAUCCGAUGCAGAUUGUCGUGAAUUUGAUAAAUGUUGUAAUAAUGGCUGUGCCGAUAUAUGUGUUGCACCUGAAGGUUAUUAUACAUAUCAAGAACUUUCUAAAACACCAUCAUUAUCAUCAUCACCAACACCAACAGCAGAAAACAAUCAAUCAACAUAUUAUUAUUCACCAACACAGGAUGUUUCACAACAACAUUCAAGCUAUUAUAAUUAUUCAGUUGUUAGUCAACAACAACAAACAAACAAUGGUGAUAGACAACAACCACCAUAUGCUGAAGGUUCUUCUUAUAAUCAACAACAAUCAACAAGUGAUCAUCGAUAUCCAAAUACUGAUCAACGUCCAAAUGUACAAUAUGGAUAUGAUGUUGUCAAAAGUAAUGGACAUCCAGAUCAAGUAAUACAUCCAAGUGAUCAGCAUAUUUAUCAUACAACCAAUGGUGGUGGUAUGAAUGAUAAUGGACAAAAUCAAACCAAACAACAACAGCCAAACUAUUCUUAUGAUCCAAAUCAGCAACAACAACCUGGCCAACAACAAACAGAUCAAUAUCAAAUUCCAAUUGAAGAAGAUUCGAAUAAUAAUAUUAUUAGAAAUGAUCAACAUCCGUCAUAUUCAAAUCAAGAUCAAUCGACCAAUAAUCAACAACAACAUUAUCAGGAUCCAUAUCAACAAUCUAUUCAUUCUUAUAAUUAUCCAUACGAACAUCCGGAUCAACGACAACAUGAACAAUAUCAAUAUAAUCAACAACAACAACAACAACAUGUUUAUAAUGCAGAUCAUCAAGAACAUUAUGGUGAUCGACAAUCACAACGACAACCAGAGCAUUAUCCAGGAUCUGUUGUUGUUCGUUCAGGUCAAGAAGAAGCUAUUCUAGAUUGUCCAUCCGCUAAUGAAACAAUGAAUUUUGAAACAAUCGAUCCGAAUAAAUCGACAUCGGUAAUCUGGAUAAAAGAUGGACAACAGAUUGAUCAAUCAUUAGAUCGAUAUGAUUUAUUAUCAAAUGGUUCAUUAAGAAUUUUAAACAUUGAACCAAAUGAUCGUGGUAUUUAUUAUUGUUUAGCAAAUUCAAAAAUUGGCUAUCAAAUGGUACCGUUAGAAGUUAAUGAACCUGCAAGAAUUUCGUCUGAAGGACCUAAACGUGUAAUUGCACAAAUUGGCAUGCCUAUCCAUUUACAUUGUCGUGCAAUGGGUUCACCGGAACCUAAAGUUACAUGGUGGCGCGGUAAUCAAAUGCUUCCAAUUAAUGAUCGAAAAUAUCAACAAUGGCCAAAUCAUACAUUGAUCAUUCAAAGAGUUGAAGAAAAAGAUAUUGGCUAUUAUACAUGUCAUGCAACUAAUGGAAUAGAACCAGAAGAAGGUGAACGAAAGGAUAUAGAAUUAUUGCUUGAUCAAGCUUUGAAUAAACGCGAUGAAUUGGAAAUUGUUCCAUAUGAUCCAAGCUUAUUUGCUAAUAAUAAAGAUCAACAUAAUGGUGAUCAUAAACAACCAAAUCAACAAAACAAUAAUGAAAUUAAUUUAGCUAAUGCUAAUGAUAAUAAUGUUGUUCAUGAAGAUCCUAUAAUGACGGAAAUUGAUUUUUGGCCAAAAGAUUACAGAGUUGGAACUCCAUUAUAUCUAGAUUGUAUUGUUCGUAAUCAAAGAACCGGUCAGGUAAUACCAUCGGCCAAUGUUGUAUGGUAUGUUAGAAGCGAUAUACCGUUAUUGGUUGAUGAAACCAAUCGUCAUCAUUAUAUGUUGAUGGCCAAUAAUUCAUUAUUGGUUUAUAAUCUAACACGUGGUGAUUCGGGUGAAUAUCGAUGCCGUGCAAGUACCGGACCAAAAAGUGAUUCAUAUUCAUCCGUUAAUUUACAAGUGGAAAAUAUUCAUAUACCGGCCGAUUGUCAGGAUAGUCCAGUAUUUGCCAAUUGUGCCACAAUCGUACAGAUGAAUUAUUGUAGUAAUCCACGUUUCCAUGAAUUUUGUUGCCGUUCUUGUUACAUUGCCGAAUAUAGUCGACAAAAACCAAACGGAAUUUUACAAUCGAAUGAAAUAAUCAAUCAUGAUGAUCGACAAAAUAUUCAUCCAAAAUAAGAAAAAGAAAAAAGAAAAUCCGAAUGGAUGUAAAUAAAUUGAUUCAAAAAAAAGAAGAAAUUUCUGGCAAAAAUAUUCACAAAAUUCAUCACUUUAAAUUUCAUGCUGCCAUUUUGUAUUCUUUCCGGGGG